UUCUACUUGUUUAUUUAUGUUUUCCUGUGUUUCUCUAAGGGAGUUCUUCAUGUCUUUCUUGAAGUCAUCCAGCAUCAUGAUCAAAUAUGAUUUUAAAUCUAGAUCUUGCCUUUCUGGUGUGUUUGGAUAUUCCAUGUUUGCUUUGGUGGGAGAAUUGGGCUCUGAUGAUGCCAUGUAGUCUUGGUUUCUGUUGCUUGCGUUCUUGCCCUUGCCUCUCACCAUCAGAUUAUCUCUAGUGUUACUUUGUUCUGCUAUUUCUGACAGUGGCUAGACUGUCCUAUAAGCCUGUGUGUCAGGAGUGCUGUAGUCCUGUUUUCCUGUUUUCUUUCAGUCAGUUAUGGGAACAGAGUGUUCUGCUUUCGGGCGUGUAGUUUUUCCUAUCUACAGGUCUUCAGGUGUUCCUGUGGGCCUGUGUCUUGAGUUCACCAGGCAGGUCGCUUGGAGCAGGAAGGUUUGUCUUACCUGUGGUCCCGAGGCUCAAGUUUGCUUGUGGGGUGUUGCUUAUGAGCUCUCUGCAGCCUCAGCAACCAGGAAGAUUUGCUCCGCCCUUUCCGGGAGCUUCCGUGCACCAGGGUUCCAGAUGGCGUUUGGUGUUUUCCUCUAGAAUCAGUAAUGUGGGCAGAGUGUAGUCUCUUCUGGUUUCCCAGGCGUGUCUGCCUUUCUGAAGGUUUAGCUCUCCCUCCCACGGAAUUUGGAUGCAGAGAACUGUUUAUCUGGUCGGUCCCUUCAGGUUCCAGCGGUGUCUCAGACGCAGGGGACCUGCUGCUCCUGUGCCCUUAUCUCCAGGAACCCAGAGGCCGUAUACAGUUUCCUCUUGGGCCAGGGAUGUGGGCAGGGGUGGUGAUCUCUUCUGCUCUGCAGUCUCAGGAGUGCCCACCUGUCCGGGCGGUGAGCUCUCUCUCCCAUGGGGUUUGGGAGCAGUGAGUCUUUGUUUUGUUUUUUGUUGUUGUUUCUUCUCUUCCAUUUCCCUCCCUCCCUUCUGCUCCUUUUCUUUCUCUCCUCAGUGCUGAGGCGAGAACACACUGGGCAAGCAGUCUCCCACUUAGCUGCAACAUCCACAGCCCCCCUCACCUACUUUAAAUCGAAUUAAGAGAACACCAGAGGCUAUGACUGUUCUGUCUUGCAACUUUUUCCAAGACAAUGAGGCUAUGACACAGUUACCCAGGAGCCUCCAUCUGACUCCUCUGUUCCCUAAACAAGACUCUCACACGGCUUUCUGGUGUUGCUUCAUUUCCUCAGAGGGUAAAAGGCAGGGCCAGCCUUUCCCCAGCUCCACUGAGAGUGCCCGCCAUGGUCCUGUUGCUGAUACUCCAGCUGUCUACUCUCUGGCCUGUGUGUCAUGCUGACUUCACAUCACCAGUGCCCCUAGCCUCAUACCCCAAGCCAUGGCUGGGGGCUCAUCCUGCUGCAAUUGUGACUCCUGGAAUCAAUGUAACUUUGAUUUGCCGUGCACCCCAACCUGCCUGGGGAUUUGGACUCUUCAAAACUGGCCUUGCCACCCCUCUGCUCCUCCGGAAUGUGUCCAUUGGGCUGGCUGAGUUCUUCCUGGAAAAGGUGACUUCGGUCCAGGAGGGCAGUUAUCACUGCCGCUACCGCAAGACAGACUGGGGGCCUGGUGUCUGGUCUCAGCCCAGUAAUGCUCUGGAACUGCUGGUAACAGAUCAGCUACCCAGACCAUCACUGGUGGCAAUUCCUGGGCCUGUGGUGGCCCCAGAAACCACUGUAAGCCUGCGCUGUGCAGGCCGCAUACCAGGCAUGAGUUUUGCGCUGUACCGCGCGGAUGUGGCAACCCCUCUGCAGUACAUCGACUCUGUGCAGCCCUGGGCUGACUUCCUUCUGAACAGCGCGAAUGCACCUGGCACCUACUAUUGCUAUUACCACACCCCCUCUAGCCCCUAUGUGCUAUCAGAGCGCAGCCAGCCACUGGUCAUCAGUUCCGAAGGUUCUGGCUCCUUGGACUAUACCCAGGGAAACCUCGUGCGUUUGGGGCUGGCAGGACUGGUCCUCAUCUGCUUGGGCAUCAUAGUUACUUUCGAUUGGCACAGCAGGCGCUCUGCCUUUGUUCGUCUCCUGCCCCAGCAAAACUGGGUAUAGGCCUGUGCGAUGGGAAGAGACUUCCUGGAGACGGACAGAGAAACUGGGACUCUUGGUGACCAGCCCCUCCGGAACACUCUAAGCUUCCAGACUCCACUGGAUUAAUUAUUCUUCACCUCAGUAUUAGGCUUGUUGAAGGAUUAAAGGAAGUGACCGGCCUGUGGUAAAUGAUGUUCAGUUAAUGUUAGUGACCUUGUCCUCCCUUGAAAACCUCUAUUUCCUUCAUGUGUCUUAUCUCCACCCCCCCCCACUCCACCUCUCGUUUCUUUCUUCAUGGCUAUGUUGGGAUCAUAGGUUCAUUCUACCACACCCAGCAAAAUAUAUAGUUACGUAUUUUAAGGGAUGAUACGCAUGCCUCAGCCUGUGUGCAAAGGUGAAAAGACAACUUCCAGGAAUUGAUUUUCUCUGUCCAUCCUGUGGGUCCCAGGGUUUGAACUCAGACUGUUAGUUAGGCUUAUCCACAAGAACUUUACCCACUGAGCCAUCUGGCUGGCUCCUGGUAAUUUUUUUUUUUUUUUACAUGUAUGAGUGUUUUGCCUGUAUGCAUGGUGUCACUUGAAGGCCUCGCUCCCCAAGGAAGCCAGAAAAAGGCAUCUGAUCCCUUGGAAUUAGAGUUACAGAUGUGUGUGAGCCACCACCAUGUGGGUGCUAGGAGCUCCAACCCAGGUCCUCUGGAAGAUUAGCCAGUACUCUUUUUUUUUUUUUCUUUUUCUAUUUUUCGGAGCUGGGGACUGAACCCAGGGCCUUGUGCUUGCUAGGCAAGCACUCUACCACUGAGCUAAAUCCCCAACCCCUAGCCAGUACUCUUAACUGCUAAACCACCUCUCCAGGGGCCCAAAUCUAUAGGAUUAAAAUACCCACUCUCUCUUCUCUUCCAAUGUUUUGGGGGUUUUGCUUGUUUGUUUGUUUGGUUUUUAGUGCAAGGUAUUAAACUCUCGUCCUUCUAGUUUACCCCUAUGCUACAACUCCAUCUCCCUGGUAAUUUUUAAAAUAUUAAUAAUUAAUUACAGUCUUAUUCUGUAACUUAAGAUGACUUGAACUUGAAUAAAUGUUUCUGCCUCGGGCUCUUGAAUAUCAGAA